CUGGAAACUGACCACAUAUUGUUUUUCUUUCUUUUAAGAAGUGAAAGAGGCAUUUAUAGAAAGGCUGCAGAACACGGUCCUGUCCAGAAUUACCUUAUAGAUUUAUUCCUCCAAGUUGGGUUAAUGAUUAAUGUCACACCUGGGUGUCCACAUAGACCCACGUCCCUUCUCCCUUCCCGAAGCUGCAAUUUCCUGGGAACAAUGAACUUGCAGAGGUUUGCUGCCAUCCGAACAUGAGGAGGGGUGGAGUCUGUUCAGUUCUGUUUCUUCUUGCUGAAGUGUGGUCUUUGGAGCUAAGUGAAGAAUGACUUCUAUGGGGUUUUCCUCUGCUGGCCUUCCUUGCAGCCCUGGGAACCUCAUCAGAGUCGCCUCUGCUGAACUCUCAUUGUGCAGCUCUGUCACAGAUGGGCAAGUAAGAAGCGAAACCCUGGCCUUAAAAUUCCAAAAGAAGCAUUUGAACAACCUCAGACCAGUUCCACGCCACCUCGAGAUUUAGACUCCAAGGCUUGCAUUUCUAUUGGAAAUCAGAACUUUGAGGUGAAAGCAGAUGACCUGGAGCCUAUAAUGGAACUGGGACGAGGUGCAUACGGGGUGGUGGAGAAGAUGCGGCACGUGCCCAGCGGGCAGAUCAUGGCAGUCAAGCGGAUCCGAGCCACAGUAAAUAGCCAGGAACAAAAAAGGCUACUGAUGGAUUUGGAUAUUUCCAUGAGGACGGUGGACUGUCCAUUCACCGUCACCUUUUAUGGCGCACUCUUUCGGGAGGGUGAUGUGUGGAUCUGCAUGGAGCUCAUGGAUACAUCACUAGAUAAAUUCUACAAACAAGUUAUUGAUAAAGGCCAGACAAUUCCAGAGGACAUCUUAGGGAAAAUAGCAGUUUCUAUUGUAAAAGCAUUAGAACAUUUACACAGUAAGCUGUCUGUCAUUCAUAGAGACGUCAAGCCUUCUAACGUACUCAUUAAUGCUCUUGGUCAAGUGAAGAUGUGUGAUUUUGGAAUCAGUGGCUACUUGGUGGACUCUGUAGCUAAAACAAUUGAUGCAGGUUGCAAGCCAUACAUGGCCCCUGAAAGAAUAAACCCAGAGCUCAACCAGAAGGGAUACAGUGUGAAGUCUGACAUUUGGAGUCUGGGCAUCACGAUGAUUGAGUUGGCCAUCCUUCGAUUUCCCUAUGAUUCAUGGGGAACUCCAUUUCAGCAGCUCAAACAGGUGGUAGAGGAGCCAUCGCCACAACUCCCAGCAGACAAGUUCUCUGCAGAGUUUGUUGACUUUACCUCACAGUGCUUAAAGAAGAAUUCCAAAGAACGGCCUACAUACCCAGAGCUAAUGCAACAUCCAUUUUUCACCCUACAUGAAUCCAAAGCAACAGAUGUGGCAUCUUUUGUAAAACUGAUUCUUGGAGACUAAAAAGCAAUGGACUUAAUUGGUUGACCCUACUGUGGAUUGGUGGGUUUCGGGUGAAGCAAGUUCACUACAGCAUCAAUAGAAAGUCAUCUUUGAGAUAAUUUAACCCUGCCUCUCAGAGGGUUUUCUCUCCCCAUUUUCUUUUUAUUGCCCCUCUUAAGAGGGUCUUGGAAUCUAUAGUAUAGAAUGAACUGUCUAGAUGGAUGAAUUAUCAUAAAAGCUUAGGACUUAAAAAGGUGAUUAAAUAUUUAAUGAUGUGUCAUAUGAGUCCUUAAGCUUCUCAGACUUCUCUUAUUCUUUACAAAAUGAAUGCAUUGGCCCUGACAAAAAGGUGCUACAGUAGUGAUGAGAUUAUAAGUAGACUUGUAGUUUGUCCCAUUUAUUAUUUUAAUAUUUAUGUUUAAGUGUUUGGUUGAAAAGAUUCCAUUUUAUACAAGAAGGGAGAUUAAAAAAAAAAGACAAGGUUGGGUUGGCAAUAUUUAUAGGGCUUUUAUUUUUUAAGUUCAAUUGUGUCUGUGGUCCAGAAGAAAUUAUUUAAUACGCAUCUUUGAGAAUAUUAUAAAAAUAUCAAAAAGGAGUUGUUCUUGUGAAAUGUCUGUUCCAGCUGUUGUGACUGCUGCCAUUUUUGCAAACAUCUGCUCAAUCCUGGGUGAUCACGACAUCUUUUAGGGGAAGUGGCAAGAUAUUCUGGUCAUACUCUUUUCCCAACUUUGGAAUACAUAAAAAUCACUCAUAUCACCUCUCAAAGAGUAAAACAUUUGGUUCUCCUGACACUUCUGGUAUAGUAUUAUCGGAAAGUGAUUAGUAAUAUGAUUUCAUAUCCAUUUACCUUUUCAUCUACCUGUGUGUGUGUUGUUUGUGUGUAUAUUUGGCAAUUCACAAGUCCUGCCAAGUGGUUUCUAUGAGCAUCUCUAUUUGGUAAGGAGGACAUUUGUCAGUUUUGAGGGGAGAUGUGUUAAACCACAGAAAAAAAUGGUGCCUUCUUCUGCGUUUGUCCCUCCUACCAUGUGCAAGUUUCAAGGAUUGCCUUUGUAGUUAAUGUACUCAGUGGCUUUGUUUGUUUUGUUGUUCAGUAAAGAAGCUUUACUAUUUAUAGAAGGGCUACAAUAGGAGAAAAUUAAAAGCAGUAAUUCUUUGAUAAGAUGAGGAAAUAAUAGGAAAGGUUGAAUUAAUUCCUAGGAAUGGACUACCACAUGUCCAAGAGUUGAGGCCAUAUCUUUCUUCAGCAGCAUGCAAUCGCUGGCUCCUCUAUAGGAGAUCAGCUUCAUUGGGAACUCCUAGCAGGUUGACUAAGCAACAAAAGUUCUUUCUCAUGGCUGAAUAUACCCUCUGGUUCUCUGAUUUGUAUCCCUAGGUUUCGUGAUGAUCAAGGAGUAAAGUAAUUGACAGGAAAAAUAUAGACCUGUGAUGAAUAACCAGGACCAUUUUGGACAAGGAAGGACAGAGGGUUUUGAUUUUAAAAAGAAGGAAAAAAACCCCUACUUUUUCUUUCUUGGCCCCAAGUUCAAUAUGGAGGGGAUUGCUUCCCUGAGUCCUCCCUUCCUUCCCCUUUUAGAUUUUGAAGUGCAAUCAUAUAUUUUUCUCUGCCUUUUUUCCUCCUUGUUCUUGACAAGGAGGAGUUUCUCAGCCCAGAUUGAGUGUGACACUUCCACCACUUCUUCAUAUUCAGUUCAAAGAUAUAUCUGUUUUAUUAAACAUCAGCUUCCUUUGCUCUAACGCUACCUCUGUCCUCAUUUUAUUCUAGCCAGAAAACAAAUAUCACCCUAGUGAUUAUCGCUGUUCACUUUCCCAUCUAUUUUCCUAAAUCUGGAAGUUCUUCUUGAGAUCAAGAGAAAAACUGCAGUUGUAUUCCUUACUUUAUUCACCCAUCUGUGAAAACAGGAAGCAAUAGGAAAAAUAUCCGGUUACUCCAUUUUAGCUUUUGGUGAACUAUUUAAAACAAAUUGUCUCUCUGAUCUGGGUCAGAUUACUCUUACCUGUUUUUCCACUUUGAGACAUUCUAAAUCAAAUAUGUAACUUAUCCUAUGUAUGCCUCUCCAGUCUGUGAACCUAGGCCAAACUUGCAAAAACAAUCAUAUUCAUAGUAGGGUAGAGAAAAAGUUAGUCUGUGGUUCUCAACCCUGCUGCACAUUGGAAUCAUCUGGGAGCUGUGAACACUGUCAUUGCCAAUGUUUUAGACAUCAGAGAUUUGAAUUUAACUCGUGGUGCCUAGGAAUUCGUGUUUUUUGUUUGUUUGUUUGUUUCGGUUUUUUUACAGACCUUUGUGUGAUUCUGAUAUGAAGCAGGGUUCAGAACACUGAUCUAGUAUUUUCUAAAGAGAACUGUCUUAAAUUUACUUUCUUUUGGACAUUUGCAGAGAGUAAUGUGCCAUUGCAGAGAGUAACAAGAACAGGUCCUAUUUCUUUCCCUUUCCUCAUCAGUAGAAAUAUCUUUAUCACUGUGAGGGAAGGCAUGUUCCUGGGAUACUGAUUGGAAGUGUAGAACACCUUUUCCCCGAAGAAGCUAUAUUCUGCACAGUGAUUAAAUAUCUUAAUGUGCUAAAGUAAAAAAAAAAA